AUGGGUAAAGGCUCAAGGGCAAGCACGUCCAAAGAUCAUGAGGAUAGUGCUACGACUUUGGAGGCACAGAACAAGAACAAGAAAAGAAAGUGUAUUAUUGAUAAUGGUAGAGCAACCAGUAAUCCAAAACCAAAGGAAAAUGCUAAACCAGAAGGCCUUCAAAUCACGCUUGAAUCCCACAUUUAUGCCUAUGAGCUCCCAAAGAUGCCACCAGUUCAGAGAAAUUUUGGCAGCUUAGUUAAGAAUAAUAGAUACUCCACACUUUUUGAGAAGCAGUUGCAAGAAAAAGAAUUCAAGGAAUAUCGUCUUUACUUGAGCAAAACAGCUGUAGAAAAGUUGCUCUUUCCAUUGUUAAGGAAUGAAGAGCUGCGACAUAAUGUCAUUCGUCAAGGAAUUCCAGUCACGGCGUAUGAUGUACAAGGCAAUGCAUUUCCGAUGCAGUUCAAGCAAAGUACAGGCAAGCAGAAGCGCUAUAUGCUUACUAAAGGGUGGACAAGAUUCUGUAAUCGACAUGGCCUACGAGAGUUUAAAGAUUUUGUUACGUUGUGGAUGUUCCGCCAUAAAGAAACGGACAGGCUUUGCUUUGUCAUCUCCUUUAGAACAUUUGACUAUUUGGAUCAUGGCAUCAAGCAGAGGCCAAUCAAUAAUUAG